AUGUUGUGUUUCCUCAUCCUGGGGCCUAUCCAGUCAUUCAGCCUGUCGGUCUCAGAGAUCUUAUUUGUGGCCAUGUACAGCGCCGAGUUCUACAUGAAUCUCUACGCGGACCCCAUUGGCAUCUGGAAGGACGGCUACAAGCUGCUAGACUUGAUGAUGAUCAUCGUCAUCUCAUUCCCCUACGCUCUCCUCAAGAUCAAGGGCAAGCACUACCCUCACCACAAGAUCGCUAAUGGCAUGCAGUCUCUGCGCAUCCUCAAGCUCAUCACCUAUAGCCGGGGCAUCCGGACGCUCAUCACCGCCAUUGGGCAGACAUUCUACACUGUGGCCUCCGUGCUCAUCCUGUUCUUCAUCCUGAUGUACAUCUUCGCUAUCCUGGGCUUCUGCCUGUUUGGAGCUCCAGAUAAGGGUGACCAGGAAAACUGGGGGAACCUGGCUGUGGCCUUCUUUACCCUCUUCAGCUUGGCGACGGUUGAUGGCUGGACAGACCUGCAGCAGCAGCUGGACAGCAGGGAUUUUUUUCUGAGCCGAGCAUUCACCAUCAUCUUCAUCUUGCUUGGCUCCUUCGUCUUCCUCAGCAUGUUCGUGGGUGUGAUGAUCAUCCACACUGAGAACUCCAUCAAAAAGUUUGAGCGGGAGCUGAUGCUGGAGAGACACAUGACGCUCAUGAAAGAGAAGCAGGUGAUCCUGAAGCGGCAGCAGGAGGAAGUCAGCAGGCUGAUGCAGGCACAGUCAAAUGACUACAAAAGUUUUGGUGAGCUGAUGGAGGACUUCAAGCACACCCUGGAGCACACUGAGCCCAUGGUCUUGGAUGAUUUUGGCACUAGCCUGCCCUUCAUCGACAUCUAUUUGUCCACUCUGGACAACCAGGACACUACGAUUUACAAGCUCCAAGAGCUGUACUACGAGAUUGUGCACGUGCUGAACCUGAUGCUUGAUGACUUGCCCCAGAAGAAGCAGUUCCACUCCUCAGCAAAGGUUGACAAGAAGUAGUGUGACUGGGCACCCGGCGCUGAGGGC